CUGUGAUCGGCAACACAGGACUGGAGGUGUUGACGGUGAUCAGCUGUGUUGCUCCUGCCCGCCUGCAGCUGACUACAUGGCGACGGUGGCCAAAAUGAGUUACCGGUCUGCAAUGAAUUUUGUCCGACGAGGUUUAUUGGGCCAGUUUCAAAGGAAUUCUCAUAGAUUUUUAAACUUAAGAGGUUUGAGCUCUAGCAUUGGUGAAGAACAACCUAAUUUCCCUGGGUCACGCUCCAAGUGGACGGAAAAGCUUGAUUUUGUACAGCCAGAUCUUUAUGAUGGCAUACCAGUGUAUCGUGUCAUGGACCGCAAGGGCCAAAUCAUCGAUCCUGCAUAUGAUCCCAAGCUGGAUGAGGAGGUUGUAGUACGUAUGUAUCACAAAAUGACACUGCUCAACACAAUGGAUCGCAUUAUGUAUGAAUCCCAGCGCCAGGGUCGCAUCUCAUUUUACAUGACCAACUAUGGUGAGGAAGGAACACACAUUGGCUCAGCUGCUGCACUAGAUGACAGAGACCUUGUCUACGGUCAAUAUCGAGAAGCAGGUGUGCUGAUGUGGCGAGGGUUCUCUCUGGAUCGCUUCAUGAACCAAUGUUAUGGCAAUGAGAGGGAUAGUGGAAAAGGGAGACAGAUGCCUGUUCAUUAUGGUUCUAAUGAGCACAACUUUGUUACUAUUUCUUCACCAUUAGCCACACAGAUGCCUCAAGCUGUUGGAAGUGCAUAUGCCUACAAACGUGCUCAGAAUGGUCAGUGUGUCAUCUGUUACUUUGGGGAAGGAACAUCUAGUGAAGGAGAUGCUCAUGCUGCAUUUAACUUCUCAGCAACACUUGAAUGUCCUUUGAUAUUUUUCUGCCGUAACAAUGGAUAUGCCAUUUCAACACCUACGAGUGAGCAGUAUCGUGGAGAUGGUGUUGCUGCAAGAGGUCCGGCUUAUGGUAUGGCCACCAUUCGCGUUGAUGGGAAUGAUGUCUUUGCUGUUUAUAAUGUUACCAAAGCUGCACGACACAUUACUGUUACUGAAAACCGUCCAGUUCUCAUAGAGGCUAUGACUUACAGAAUUGGCCAUCAUAGCACAUCAGAUGAUAGUUCGGCAUACCGCUCAGUAGAUGAAGUGCGACAGUGGGAUUCUACCCAGCAUCCUAUUGCCCGUCUGCGUGCUUACAUGGUUACUCAAGGAUGGUGGGAUGACGCUAAGGAAAAACAUUGGAAAGAUGAAUGCAAGCGCCAGGUGAUGCAGUCCUUUGCCAGGGCUGAGCGCCGUCAAAAACCUAGUUGGAGAGAAAUGUUUACAGAUGUAUAUGAUGUGAUGCCUCAACACAUUAAAGAACAGUGUGAAUACAUGCAAGCCCAUGUUCAAGAAUAUGAAGAGCAUUAUCCUGUCAAGAAUUUUGCUAAGGACCAACAUUAAGAUUUUAUUUUCAAAAUUACCUGUACAGUAUGCCCGGAUAACUCUUGGAUUUUUAUUUGGCGGUCUUCUAUUAUUCGCGGAUAACAACCUGGACAUACCCAAGAAUGUCUGUGGGUAGUUUUAAAGUUGCCGGCAUUUUUGCAGCUGGGACAGGGAGCCAUUCAUUCUAGAGACAGUAAUUUUCUUUACCUGUAUUGUAUAUACAGGGUAUGUGUGUGUGUGUAGACACACACACAACACAUACAAAUACAUAAUAAUGGGAAAAUCCUCUCAGAAAUAAUCAGAAACAAUAGUAUUAAAAUUGUUGAGUCUGCCUUCAAGUCUACUUCGUGCCAUAUUAAUAACAAAGCACGAACAACAACAAUAGUACAGUUUUUAAAUUAGUGUAUUAUUUCUUAAAAGCACUGGUUCUUUUUCUAAAUUAUAAAAAAAAUCAUUAGCACUAACUAUUGUACAGGUUCCGUUCCAGAGGACGUUCUUAGGUUGGAUUUGUAAGUAAGUCGAAAUACAUGCUAUGUGCAUACCUUAUUUACAGAACAAUGUUUAAAAUCCCACUACAGUCAACCCUCACUUUACGCGGUUAAUGUAACCCACAGGGUGCCGCGGAAAGU